AUGAGGAGUACGGCGAAUGUGUUUGUCCUUUUGGGCAUUUCAACAUGUAAAUCUGUAUUUGCAGCCUCGAGUGAAGCCUCAGCCCGCCCUAGAGGCGUGGGACCUGAAUUCGCAAAAUUCUACAAAGAUACAACCACAUUCACUUGUAUCUCGCAUCCUGACAUCAAAAUACCCUUCUCGGCGGUAAACGACGAUUACUGUGACUGUCCGGACGGCAGCGACGAGCCUGGAACAUCAGCAUGCUCAUACCUUUCUCGCCUUUCGCCAUCGACAUCUGCUGAUCACCCUGGCACCGACGGAGUCGACCUCACACCUGCAUUACCGGGUUUCUACUGCAAGAACAAGGGUCACAACCCCGCAUACAUUCCAUUCCAAAGAGUAAACGAUGGAGUCUGCGACUACGAGAUUUGCUGCGAUGGAAGCGAUGAAUGGGCUCAUCCGGGAGGUACGAAAUGUGAGGACCGAUGCAAGGAGAUUGGCAAAGCAUGGCGCAAAUCAGAAGAAGCGAGACAAAGGUCUCUCAAUGCAGCUUUGAAAAAGAAGAAGGAGCUGAUUGCUGAGUCGGGUCGUCUGACUAAGGAGAUUGAAGAUCGAAUUGUCGAUCUCGAGGUCGAGGCCAAGGCUAAAGAGAUCAAAAUCCAGUCCAUGGAGAUCGAGCUCGAAAAACUGGAGAGAGAAGAGCGUGGAAAGGUAGUCAAAGGCGCAAAGAAAGGCAAACUUGGUCUGUUGGUGGGCUUGGCGAGAACGCGUAUCAAUGAGCUUCGGGAAGCUCUCGACGAGGUUCGUCAACAGAGGGAUGAGAGCCGUGCGCGAGUUGAAGAGCUAGAGCAGAUCUUGUCAACGUUCAAAGAAGAAUAUAACCCUAACUUUAACGAUGAGGGGGUCAAGCGCGCUGUGCGCAGCUGGGAAGAGUAUGCCGCUAGAGGGACUGCGGGCGAUGCCUCCGCGGAUAGUGCUAGGGAUCGCGAUUUGGACGAGAUUGCCAAGGCUGAUAGUGACUCGGCUGGAAUCGACUGGGUCCAUUGGGAAAACCAAAAUGAGAGCGAGAUUGAUCUUGUAUACAAACUACUCGCCUACUUCCCGCCAGUUGUCGUCGAGUUCCUCGAAGACAAAUAUAACAGCAUCAAGAAAUUCCUUGUCGAAAAUAACAUCAUUCCCGGAGCUGACAGUGAGACUGAAACCGAAUCAAAAGCAGUCACAGAAGCAAAGAAUGCCCUACAAUCGGAAAAGUACUCUCUCGAAAACACACUGAGAUCGAUCAAAGACCACCAGUCCGAUCUUGAGAAAUACUAUGGUCCAGAUGAUAUUUUCCGACCAUUGAAAGACGUCUGUAUCCAGAAGGAUUCCGGAGAGUACACCUACGAGCAUUGCUUCCUCGCACAGACCAAACAGAUCCCUAAAAAAGGUGGUGCUACCGUGACCAUGGGUAACUUCGAUGCCAUCUCAUCCAUCACAGUCGACGACGCCAAUACCGCCGGCGAAAUCCGACAGAUCGAAAAGCUCGCUUUGGAAUAUACCUCUGGACAAAAAUGCUGGAAUGGACCGUCUCGUUCAACGACUGUGAUUUUGGAAUGUGGUGAGGAGAAUGAGAUUUUGAAGAUUAUGGAAGAUGAGAAGUGUAUUUAUUCGAUGAUUGUCACUUCUCCUGCUGCUUGUGGUGAGGCCACCAAGGAAAAGGUGAAGAACGCUGGAAAGGAUGAGCUUUGA